AUUAUGAAUGGGCCAGAAAUUUUGACAGAGGUACCAACCACAUUGAAGAGGCUGAUUAGAUUAGUGGUCAGAGGAUUCUACAGUUUAGAGCACGCCAUGAUUAUCGACCUUCUAGUCCGCAAUCCCUGCAUGAAAAAGGACGACAUUGUGGAAAUUCUCAGAUUCGAGAGGAAACAACUCCGAGCUCUUAUAAACAUCUUAAAAACAGAAAAGUUUCUCAAGACAAGUCUUAGAAUGAAAAUGGAAACUGAUGCUGAAAACAAAUCUACCCGCCAGACAUACUACUUCAUCAAUUACCAAGUAUUUGUCAACAUUGUCAAGUACAAACUCGAUCACAUCCGCAGGAAGAUCGAAAUGGAAGAAAUGCACAACACUAGUAGGCCAUCUUUCAAAUGUCCCACUUGUGAAAAGACCUUCACUGACCUUGAGGUCAAUAAGUUGAAUGAUGUUAUGAGUGGCACGUUUCGGUGUACGUUUUGUGAAUGUGAAGUGGCGGGGGCGACCUCGGUCCAGAAAACGCGGACUUUACUGGCCAAAUUUAAUGAACAGAUACAGCCAGUGUUUGACUUGUUACAGAAGUGUUUUGACAUCAAAUUAGCCCCAGAGCUUCUGGAACCGGAACCCACAGACCUCAACAGAGUUCACAACAGAUCCCAUUCUUCAAGGACAUCCAAUGCAGAUAGGAAUGUUUGGAGUGGUGAUAAGAAUAGAUCCACCAACUAUAACCUGGGAUCUGAUGCCACUGUCACUAUCAGCAUGGGAGGGGAGGGGGAGACAAAGAAGAGUGAGGUGGUUAAGGAGGUGCCGAUCUGGAUGUCACAGAGUACAGUAGAGGGGGAACAGGAGGACAGCAGGAGCUCUUUUGUCAAUGAGGAAUCCAAACCAGCACAUAUGAAAGCAUCCAAUAGAUCAGCGGUCAACAGCGAGAUAGAAGCGCUCCUAUACAUUCAUGAGAAGAAGGGUGAGGCAGAGGAAGAAACACCUAAGUUCUCAGCUGUAUCACAUAAUACAGUUGAGGAGAUGGAGAGUGAGGAGGAAGAUACGACGGUAACGGUUGCCGGGAGGAAAGUGCCCCUCCAUGAAGUGACAGAUGAGAUGGUGGCCAAAAUGACCCCCGAGGAAAAAAAGGAUUACAUACGUCUGGGAGAGGAACUCUAUCAAAACAUGUAUGAAUGACCUGAUCAUUCAUGUGGUUUACAU